CGGAAGCGGGAUGUACCCUAGGCAGCCAAUCGGGGAGCGCCGAGUCUCUGUCCAGCCAAUAAGAAUCCAGGUUGCUGCGGCGCCACGCCCCUGCGCUGGGUCCGCGACUCUUGGGUACUCCGAGAUUUUUCUCCGCGCGAGUUGGUUUCGUUCAGUCUGCCCGCCAUGCCGUUCCUAGAGCUGGACACGAAUUUACCCGCCAACCGAGUGCCCGCGGGGCUGGAGAAACGGCUCUGCGCCGCCGCUGCCUCUAUCUUGGGCAAACCUGCGGACCGCGUGAACGUGACGAUGCGGCCGGGCCUGGCCAUGGUGCUGCACGGGUCCACCGAGCCCUGCGCGCAGCUGUCCGUCUCCUCUAUCGGCGUCGUGGGCACCGCCGAGGACAACCGCAGCCACAGCGCUCACUUCUUUGAGUUUCUUACCAAGGAGCUAGCUCUGGACCAGGACCGGAUAGUUAUCCGCUUUUUUCCUCUGGAGCCCUGGCAGAUUGGCAAGAAAGGGACGGUCAUGACUUUUUUAUGAUUGGCAUGGAGGGAUCCAGGGCAUCUCUGAGCUGGCUGCCCCUUCCAGGGAGACCUCUUGGCAGAGUGAGGGCCUGGUGAUACCAGCUUCGGAUAAUCCUGCAUGCAGCAUUCCUGUGAUCACAUAAUCUUCUUCUUCAUCUUUAUACGAAAUAAAUGAAGAGAGCUUCCUUGUUCAAA